UCAGCCCCAGAUGUUAUAGUAGUCUGACACUGAAGUACCUUCUUUUAUUUUUAUGCAGUGCCGGUUGUUGUAUCUCUCUAUGAGAGAGUGAUUUUGUUCUUUCAGACUCUCUUUAGAGAUAAAAUAAUCUUGUUUCACGAUAUGUCCUCAUUAAGUGGAAAAUCUGAUAAGGAGAUCAGUCAGCUGCUGGAUGAAUAUGGCAUUAAACAUGGACCCAUAGUAGGAACCACACGGAAUCUCUAUGAAAAGAAACUGAAUGAAGCCAUGACCAAAAAAGCUAAGCCUUCCUCGUCUGACAAGACAUACUACCGAGAAGAACAGGAGGAAGUGGAAUAUAUUACCUAUCAUCAAUCCCCACAACUGAACAUGUACGAUGGAUCUGGUGAUGUCACAAGGAGGUCAAAGGUCACCGAUGCCGAUUUUGCCCAGGACAUACGGAGGUCAAAGCUGACUGAUUACAGAGAUGAAGUCAAAAGCUAUAACAAUGAGUCCAUUAUCAGCCCAACUCGCUUGUCCUAUCAGAGUUCUUCUCGGCCCGGCCCGUCAGUCUCCAUGCAGCGUGUUCAAUCCAGUCCAGAGACCAGCAAAUCUGGAGGUGUGCCGGGCUGGCUUCGUGUCUUGGUGUUUGUUAUCAUUGCCGUGUUUCUUUAUUAUGUGUACACAUGGAUGGAGCCUGCAGAGGAGACCCCCUUUAAAAGCAUUAAGUAGAGGAACAGUGAGAUGUUUUAAAUAUGUUCAUCAGCCCCAAACGAAACUGAUUCAGUACAAGAACAACCAAAAAUAUAGCCUGGAAUAAGAGCAAAUAAUAUUGUGUGUGAGUACAGAUUGUGAGGUUUAGUACAACCACAAACGGGUGCAUAAUGCGUAAAGUCUUAUCCAAAAACGUGCUUUGUACAUUUUUAUAAUCAAUCAGGUACAGAUGUGGAAGACUAUCCAUAUGAAGAAAAUGCAGAAUUUUUUGAUCAUUGGGGCAUUUAAGUGUCUUUAAAGCUUAUUUUCUUAUGAAUUGUGUGUAAAAUACUUUUGCUGUGGCCAUGUAUUUAGGGCUUGUGUUCAUGUGCCAUUCUGUAGCGCACUAUUUGCUACACUGUUUCAAUUUGCUGUUUUCAGUGUUAAACCCUUUUUUAAAAUAAAUUCUAAGGUGCUGAAUUUAAAACUGAAGAGAUUUGAGCAAUAAAGUACACAAGCUUGUGCUAUUAAAGGCCAUUGUUGGGCACAAUGCAACAACCCCUUCAGCCAAGACUAUAUUCACAAUAUAAUAAGCUUUAAGUGCCUUAUUUCUAUUAUGGAAAAUUAUUAAGGGUAUACAUUUUUUUUAUUAAAUUUCAUUCAUUACUUUUCUAUUGCUGCUUGUCCCUAGCAUUUAAAUACUACCAAAAUGCUUUUUCUUUACAUUUUAAAUAUAUAGUGUAGCCAAAAGGUCUUUUUUACAACCUAAGCCACACAUACAAUGUAUGAAUAUCAUUGUUAUAAGAAUUGUUACUAAAUAACUGUGCAAAGACAUGUUUAAACUAAAGCAUUUCUCAUUUUACAAAGAUGUCCAAACUCUUCUUAAAUUCCCAAUGUUUGCUUCAAAAACAUGUACUGUCUUUAAAAAAAUGCCACUUGAUUUGAAAUGUUAUCUAAUAAAGUGACAUUUGUGUAA